AUGGCUGGUUUCGGGCGACCACUGGUUGAGAUCAUCAGCGAAGAUGCGCUGGUUCGAAUUUGCUGCUUUCUUCCCGCGCGGCCGCUGCUGGACCUUGGCGCGACCUGCGGCGAGUUCCACCAACGCGUAGAGCACUCGGUUGACUUGUGGAAGGCGCUUUGCCAGUUUCUUCUCGGCGAGACGUCCUUGCUGCUUCAUGAGGGAAGCUGGGCAUCUUCCAGAGAUGUGACCUCUAUAGGUGACAAGGCUCGUUUCUACAAGCGCCUUUUCCGUGCAGCCUGGAGAUGCGAGGAUUUCUGCUACGACCACACCCUGCGUCGAAGCUUGUUGCGCUCGUUGGCCGAGCCAGAUGUCCCGGCUGCCCCCAUUGAUGGCAAGGACUUGCUGGGCUUGUCCGGCCACACCGCAGAGAUGAUGGGCCCGCUGGUGAUCCAGAUCGGCGGCAUGAAAAACAUGGUCGCUCCAGAUGAGCUGAUUAAUGUGACGGUUAUCAAUCUUCACCAAAACACUAUCAGCCGUCCCAGCCUCAAGGAGGACUCCUUGAAGCCCCUGCAGCGCAUGCGCCACGCCACCUGCGUGGUCAAGACGAAGCACUUGCCGGCCUCAGCAUACCCCAGUGCCGUGCUGGUCCUCGGGGGCCACGAUGCCAACACCAGAGCAACCAGGCUGGGAAUGCCACGACCGGCUUUGCAGAGACUUGUCUUCCUCCAGGUGACGGAGGAAGAUGGUUCGCAGAUUCGCUGGUGUGAGAUGCAAGCCUUCGGGACCAUCCCCGAGUACAUGUACAACUUGACCUGCUCGUCCUUCAACGGAGGGCAGAAGGUAGUGGUGUUUGGAGGCGACAUUCCCACGACGGAGGACGAAUACGAGCGAAUCCAAGACAGAACAUGCUGCAAUUUCGUGUAUGUUUUGGAUCUGAGGAGUUGCACUUGGGAGGCGGUUCGAACUCGUGGACCUGCUCCUGACUGGCGCUCUUUUCACGCCUCUGUCUGCCACACCUCGUUCUUGGAUGGGAAAGACUACCUGGUGACUUUCGGUGGCACCAGCGAGCACUGCGAGCCGCUGACAGGAGGGAUUCUGGCAGAUAUGCGUGGCUACCAGCUGGACCUUUCAACGAUGCAGUGGCAUCGAGGUCCUAGCACGGAUUUGCCAGCCCCACGGCUUCGCUUCGGUGUGGCUCGCUGGGGCCGACAUCUGAUCAUCCACGGAGGACAUGGCAGUGUGCUCAGCACACGAAAAGGUUAUGUCGCGCGCCUGAACCUGCACUCCUUGAACUGGGACGACCUAAGCUUCUCCAACGAGCCACCUGCGCUGUCACACGCUGCCUUUGAGACUGGAUCUCCGCAGGCUGGUAUUGUAGUGGGUGGGGCUCAGCAGACUCCUCGCGGCCCGCGAAUACUGCAGCGACUCGUUGUGUUCCGCCUGCGUGAUGUGGAGAUCCCCGAUGAUGGGCAACUAGAGGACGAUACGCAGCCAUCAGCGGACGAGGAAAGCGAUGCGGGUGAUGGGUUUCAGGUUCAAGUCCAUCUGCGCAACUCCGACGGCAACCACCGUGUCGUCUCGAUGCCAGCGGAACUUCUGCAGAUGCUUCAGCGUGAGGCCGGAACAGCCGCUGGCUUGGUGCGGUUGCUCCAAGCCGUUUUCGAGGAUCAGGUCGAGGACCGGCGAAGCUCCAACCUUGCAGCGCAAGGCUACAGUCAAGGAGCCGCAGAUCAGGAUGAAAUGCAGGAGCAGAGCUGA